UGGUCACCAUUAGAAACUCACAUCUUCACACUCUCCUCUUAAGCUCUAGUAUAGUUUGUAUUUGCAUGCAAAACAUAAAAACUUGCUACUACUACAAGAGUUUAAGAUGACUUCCAAAACCGUUUCCUCCCUUGCUCUUUUCCUCACAUUCAACAUUCUCUUCUUUACACUUGUCUCUUCUUGUGGAACUUGUGGUCCAAAUUACCCAAGCCCAAACCCAAAGCACAAGCCAAAGCAUAAGCCAAGCCCAAACCCUUCCGGCGGCUCGAGUCCCUCAGGUGGCUCGAGUCCCUCCGGAGGCUCGAGUCCUUAUGGUGGCUCGAGUCCUUCUGGUGGCGGCACGGUUACCACGUGCCCACGUGACGCACUAAAACUUGGGGUAUGUGCCAAUGUCCUAAAUGGAUUGUUGAAUGUAACUUUAGGUCAACCACCAGUUACCCCUUGUUGCUCACUCUUACAAGGCCUAGUUGAUCUAGAGGCUGCAGUUUGUCUUUGCACUGCCCUUAAAGCUAACAUUUUAGGGAUAAAUCUCAACCUUCCUAUCUCACUUAGCUUGCUUCUCAAUGUUUGUUCAAGACAAGCUCCACGUGACUUCCAAUGCCCUUAAAUUCGUCAUGCACGCGCGGCGAGUGCACAUUAUAUAUCAACCUAUUUAAUUUUGCUUCUUAAUUAUUUGUUUGCUUCUUCAUUGAAUACGUGCAUGGAUGGUUAACUUCUUGUUAUUCCGUUUGAUUUGGUGUUUGUUUAAUUUAUCUUGCUCAGAUUCUCAUGAUAAAUGUAUCCCAUUUGCUAGGGGAAAAAGAUUAAUAACUAGUGCUCUUUUUUUCGUUGAGAAAUGAUUAUUUUUGCUUUUA